AUGGCUAACGAUAGCGAUGGAAAAACGAUUAUGUCUUUAUCGACACUAUCAGAGGUUAGCACAACGGCUCACAACCGCUCCCGAUGGCGAAACGCGCCGCUUCAUGAGCGAUGCACUAUGCAAGACAUGUUGAAGAUCAAGGAAGCAUUCCAGAACGCGUACCGGAACAAACUGCUGCCCAAUGAGUUUCGCACACUGCUAAGGAACCUUCUCAAUGUCGAAUACGACGAUGAAGAAUUCAAAAUACUUUUUUUGAAGAUAAAUACGAACCGCAAUGGUGAGAUCGAUUGGGAUGAGCUGGUGUCGCACCUUCUGCUGGGCUACUUCGGCAACGACCCUGAGAACCAGCGCGCUUCACUGCAGCCACCUAUCAUGGGGCUGCCCACAGUGAUGCGCUCGCAGCACCGACACCCAAUCUCUAGGAUAUGCUUUUGCCCCGACGUCGCUAAAGACCGCAGCACAGAUCCAAUGCAGGGGUCGUACAUUACCGCGAGCCGCGACGGCAUGAUCAACUGGUGGUCUCUCGACAUGACUUUGUUAAGGACGGCUUAUUCAUCCAGUCCACACCUGAAGGUGCGCACCACGUGGGUGACGGACAUGGUGUGCAUGCCGGACGUGAACAUCAUCGUGACCAGCUCCACGGAGCGCGACUUGCGCUUCUACGACUGCACCGCCAAGACCUUCACGCUCAAGAUCGUCAUCACCAGCUGGGAAUACAUGAUCUGCACGAUGUACUACCACUUCCACAAAGAUUCGAACGAGAAGUGCAUGUUGAUCUGCGGCGACGUGGGAGGCGGUGUGCGAGUAUUGCUGUUCUCGCCGGUGAAGCGAGGCCCGUUCCGCAACCAGGCCGGCCGCGCGCUCAUCCAGCUGCGGCACAUUGACCUACAGCGAAGGCCGCACCUGUUGUCCGAGAUGAAGCUGGUGGAGUUUCCCAGGGUGCACUCGGAGUGGGUGCGACAGGUGUCCUUCUACGCGUCGCUGCACUGCGUCGUCUCCUGCGCCACUUGCGCCGACUCCCUGCUUAUGAGCGACAUACAGGGCUCCAAGACACAUAACAUGUUCAGGGUUGAGAAGGGCAUCCAGUGCUUCGCGUUCGACGAGGAGGCGCACGUGCUGGUGACAGGCGGGCCGGACUGCGCGGUGCGCGUGUGGAACCCUUUCGUGCCGGCGCGACCCACCGUCACCUUCACAGGUCACCAUGCCGCCAUCACGUCACUCGUGCUGCAGGCCAACGGCCAGACUGUGUACUCGCUGUCCCGGGAUCGCGCCAUCAAGGUCUGGGACGUGCAGGGACACGUCUGUCUGCAGACAUACAUCGACGUCCCACCGCAAGUGGGCGAGCGCACCCCCAUCUCCGCAGUGUACAACCCGGCAACGCGCGAGUACAUCCUGGCGGCGAUCAAGAUAGCCGUCCUCGUGCUGGACGAGCAGCUCAACCCGGAGCACACGGACGGGUUCACGCACUCGCGCGCCGUCGCCAAGGUGCUCUACAACCCGCUCUUCAAGGUUGUCAUCACGUGCGGCAUGGACAGCAUCAUCAUCAACUGGGACCCUGUAACAGGUAAACGAAACGCGAUGGUGCGUGACGCGCACACGCGCCUAUUGCACGGGGAACUGAUUCCCGUGGAGAUCACCGCCGCGUGCUUCGACCCUGGACAUCAGCUCCUGCUCACCGGUGCUAGAAACGGCACGUUGAAGGUGUGGAAUUUCAACACAGGCGUAUGUCUGAGGGACAUGACGAUCGAACACAUGUGUGAAGUUACCAACUGCUUUUGGGUGGAAGGAAGGAUCCUGGCGGUGGGCUGGAACAAACAUGUGACAGAGUUUGAAGACACGGGCACUGCCAGCACGGGCAAGAGCUGGGAGACUCGGCACACGGACGAUGUGCUGGCGGCAGCUGCGCGCGCGCCGCUCAUGCUCGCCACUUCUUCAUACAACUCCGAGCUCAUCCUGUGGAAGCUGGAGACCGGGCAGCCGUACAGGCGGUUCUCGUGCACGGACCCGACGCUGCGCAUUAAGAUGCACUAUAACAAGCGGGACGCGUCGCGUAGCGCUUCCCCGCCCGCCGGCGCCGCCGCCAAUGCAGCGCGCCGCCGGAACUCCUCCAUCAAGCGGAUCAGUGUGUGCGGUCCCCGCCCAGGCCCGGACGCGAGCGCGGCGAUAGCGAAGGCUCGUGCGCGGCGCGUGUCGUGCGUGCCGCUGCCCCCCUCCGCGCGCGUGCGCCUCCUCGCCGCGCACGCCAUGCUCGUGCUGGCCGCGCGCGCCUGCCACAUGCACGCCGCGACGCUGAUGCUGUCUCUGGAGAACGGGCAGGUCCAGGGCUGGUCGGAGCACCCGGCGGGUGGCUUCCAGGGCUCGUUCCAGGGGAUACAUACUCCAGGGGACUACGUGGCAGCAAUGGCCACGGAUCCUGACAACCAGUACCUCUUCACCGGCACCACUGUGGGAUACAUCAAGGUCUGGCUCAUGACCAACUACCUAACGCCGGAGAAGCAACACGUGAGCAUGCCCCGUCUGCGGCUCACGUUCCCGUUCCUGUGGCGGGACCGCGUGGAGGGCCGCGCCAAGCGAUGCGUGCGCGACCAGCCCCUGCCACUGCUGCUCAACUCCUACCGCGCGCACCUGCGCUGCGUCACCACGCUGGCCUACGUGCCGCCCCACCAGCUGCUGCUCAGCGGCAGUUCUGACUACAGCGUGCGCGUGUGGCGUUUGUCGGGCGAGUACGUGCACACGCUGGGCAGCUUCGUGCCGCACGCGCCGGGGCCGCGGGACGUGCGCUACCCGCCCGACGUGCGCAAGGUGGCCAGCUUCACCACCUUCAAGGUAUGGCGCGGCGGCUACGUUUCGCGCUACGUCCCCGGUCAGGUGGAGGUGGAUAAGCUGCGCGACAUCACGGAGACCGAGCUGCGCUCGCGCACAUACGGCGCGCCCGCACCCGAGCCGUUGCUAGGCAACUACUUCCGGCUACCCUCGCGACCAGAGCGGCAGCUGCCUGUGCUAUUAGACGACUCCUUGCAAACGAUUCCGUUGUACGCGCACCUGCGCAUGGCGUCGACGCUGCCGGUGCGUCGGCCGGCCACGCCGCCGCUGGUGCGCGCCACGCGCCUGCGCGAGCACCACGCGCGCAAGCCGCACUUCCAGGGGGACCUCGACUGA